GUGUGUGUAUACUAACAUUACAUAACAUAUAUUUCAGUUUUUAUUAAAAUAGCGAAAGCCCCCGGCUAUCGUCAUCGAGCUUCGCAAAUCACGAGUUGCCUUUGCUAGCUCUUUAGUUUUAGAAACAAAAUUCCCCCACACUGCUCUGUGUUUUUACUGGAGAUUGGAGAUUGUAUGGUUCUAUGUGGCGUUCUGCAAUUAGGCUAGAGAGAGGAAGUAAUCAAGUAUAGUCUUUACCUCUACGAUAAGUACCCCCAUACAACCUUGUUGAACACUUUUAUGUCGAAUUCUGUCAAGAUUUCCUCAGAUUUUAGAGAAUAAAGCCACUGUUGAUGCUCAAACGUCGGAAAGUGGAAAUAUGCCGAUGGCGGAAUCUUAACUUUACUCAGUUUAUUACUGACUCUCGUGUCCGUUGGCUCAAAUUUAUCGUUGUAAUAACAACCCUUUAGACUUGCAGUUGCUUCUGCGUGUUGUAUUGUUUGUCCUGGGUCUAAAAAACAUUUUGAUAUUCUUACUGGAAUAAGUCAGUACUGUUCACCAUGCAGCGAAUGAAUGUUGUGAAUCGUAAAAAUGCCCUCAAAGUUGUGAAGGAGCUGGAUGCUUUUCCCAAAGUCCCAGACAGCUAUCAAGAAACUUCGGCUGCUGGUGGAGGAUUGUCUAUCAUCACUUUUGUUGUGAUAGGCAUCCUGGUGAUUUCAGAAGUGAGCUAUUACACAUCUACAGAUCUUGAGUUUGACUAUGAAGUGGAUACAAAUUUUUCACGAAAAGUGAAGCUGAACUUGGACAUAACUGUUGCCAUGAAGUGUCACCAUCUUGGUGCUGAUGUUCUUGACCAAACUGGUCAAGAUGUGCUGGGUUAUGGUCAUCUCCAGCAGGAGCCUGCAUACUGGGAACUGAGUCCCAAACAGAAGGACUACCAGCAGUUUGUACAACAGGUAAAUGACUAUUUCCAGGAAGAUUACCAUGCCAUCCAGCAUGUUUUAUGGAGAAUGGGAAACCCGACGUUUGCAGGAGGCAUGCCUGAAAGAGAAGGGCCUAAGCCAAGUACAGCUGCAGAUGCCUGUCGUAUAUAUGGGAGCCUAGAGGUGAACAAAGUGGCUGGAAACUUUCACAUAACAGCUGGAAAAUCUGUGCCAGUCAUUCCGCGAGGCCAUGCCCACUUGGCUAUGAUGAUGGAUCUGAGUGAUUACAACUUCACUCACAGAAUUGAUCACUUCUCCUUCGGUGACAAAGUGGCUGGAGUCAUCUACCCUUUGGAUGGCUCAGAGAUGUUCACAACAUACAAUUACCACAACUUCCAGUACUUCAUGCAAGUCGUUCCAACGGAAGUACGCACAUAUAAAACCAAUAUGGAUACUUAUCAGUUUGCUGUUACUGAAAAGAAUCGAGCUAUCAACCACAGUGCAGGCAGUCAUGGAAAUCCAGGAAUCUUUGUGAAGUACGAUCUCACCCCGAUGAUGAUCCGUGUCACAGAAGUGCACAGACCUUACUGGCAGUUUUUGGUCAGACUUUGUGGUAUCAUUGGAGGUGUCUUCUCUGUCUCAGGUAUGCUGAAUGGAUUAGUACAAAUUUUGAUGGAUGCUGUGUGUUGCCGCUUGAAAUGGGGCAACUACAAAACUCAAAAGUAUGAUGAAGCUGUGUCCAGUUUGCCUGCUGAUCCUUUAUCACAGACGACAUCGCCCCUUCUAAGUACUGAACCUCCUGAAGAAAUAUUUGGCAGUGCAACCUUAAGUGAUAACAGACCAACACCAGUCCCCACACCCCAGACUCCAAAUUUGUCGGUGUUGCAUCAACAAUGACAGUUGCUUCCCCCCUUUUUUUUCCUUCUCAUUUCUUGUUAUCAUUUAUGUAAUAAAAUGAUGAUAAUCACAAUGUGCUCUCGUUUAUUGCCUUUGUUAUUCUUUUAGGUAACGGUUGAAAUAAAAUGACAAGAGAAUCUUUGAAAAAACAGACAUGAAGGAGAAAGAAAUGUACAGAGGAUGAGUAUCUGUUGAAUGGCGAUAUGAACUUGACUUUCGUGUUAAAGCUCAAGAUUCAGGUCUGUAAGUUUGCCCCUCCCUCUUGAGCUGUUACCUUUCUUCAAGUGUGCCUCUGGGAUACAGUUAACUUCUUAUAGCACUGCUUGUGUGCUGUAGAGCAAUAAACUUCAAGUUGACAGAUUAUAACAACAUGCAUUGUAUUUUUGGUACAUAAAGCGUUGCAAACAAAUAAAGGAUUUUGAAAGCU